CUCUAAGAUCGUGUAGUGUGCGUUGAAGCCAAACAGAGCAUUUUACUUCCAAACAGAUCUGACUAUCUGUAUGGCUGCCGUAAUAACAAGAAACAGAGCAGCUCUGAGAUGUUUGUACAGUUCCGUUUGUGUGUCUGAAGGAGUCAUUUUACAGUAUAUCUGGAUCUGCAGAUUAAGAUGGAAUUUUCCAUGAAGUUUACAAGUCGGGACCUCAGCUUGAAGAGAACGCCAUCCAAAAAGCAGAGCGGGGUGUUUGGAGUCAAGAUCAACGUGGUCACAAAGCGCGAGCGCUCCAAGGUGCCUUACAUCGUCCGUCAGUGCAUUGAGGAAGUGGAGAAGAGGGGGAUUAGCAUUCGACACAAGCAAGGCCUCCACUUUGUUUCCUAGCUCUGUACCACUAGAUACCAAAGACAUCCUGGUGAUGCUGAGUGACAUGGACAUCAACGCCAUCGCAGGAACGCUUAAGCUGUAUUUCAGGGAGCUGCCGGAGCCUCUUCUCACAGACCGUCUCUACCCAGCCUUUAUGGAGGGCAUAGCUCUCUCAGACCCUGCAGCCAAGGAAAACUGCAUGAUGCACCUUCUGCGCUCUCUGCCCGACCCCAACCUCAUGACCUUCCUCACUCUGCUGGAGCACCUGAAAAGGGUGGCUGAGAAGGAGCCCGUCAACAAAAUGUCCCUCCAUAACCUGGGCACCGUGUUCGGACCCACCCUGCUCCGGCCCUCUGAGUCAGAAAGCGCCAAGGGACAGCACAUCACGUGCGCCUCCGACAUCUGGUCACAUGAUGUCAUGGCACAGGUACACGAUUUUAGUGCUGAGCAUUAUUGUAAUGGUAGACGCAAAAUCUCACAUUUGUGCCGGAGCUACUCCGUGAUUCUCCUGUGGUUUUCCGUCGGUGAUCUUUAUGAUGGACAGUGAGAAAGACCCUCUGCUGCCGCUCCACAUGUUUUCUAGAUUAACUCGACUCCCACAUCGCCCACUGACCCGUCUCAGUAGGGUCCUUUCUCCCAGCUGUAUUUAGCUUUUUCACCAUCUAUUUAUCUCUCCUGACUGACGGGUUUCAUGUCAGCAGAGUUCUUCUCUAAGCUGGAUAAACAAGUCUGAAGUAAACAUCAUAAACCGGGCGGCGUGAAAAUGCAGGAGGUCUCUGCUGGCUCCUAGUUUGUCCUGAGGAUAAUUUGUGUUCAAAAACCUUUACUCCAAUAUUUAUGCAAUGUAUUAAACUUGGAAGAGAAAUGCUUCUCAAAUCGGUUCCAAAAUAUAAAUUAUAUUGCUUUUUUUUUUUUUUUAAAACAAUUGUUAACUUCUCAAAAAUAGAUUUAUGGGAUCAUUCACAGCCACUUGAACUGAUGGCUUUUGAGCUUUCCCACAUAUUGGACGUUCCAACCACAACCGUUAGUCUAGUUCAGUGUUUCCCAACCCUGGUCCUCGAGGCACAACGCCCUGCAUGCUUUAGGUAUUUCCUUGCUUCAAUCCAGCUGAUUUCAAUUGAUGACUGAUUAACAGGCGUUUGUUGAACUGCAAUCAGUUGAAUCAGGCACAUUAAAGCAGGGAAACCUCUAAAACAUGUAGGACAGUGUGCCUUGAGGACCUGGGUUGGGAAACACUGGUCUAGUUUACUGGGAUUUUACUUGAUAAGUUGCGCAUAGCUGUGAAGUGGAAAGGAUACAAAGUUUUCAACGUUUUUCCACAGAUCUAAGUUUUAUGCAUUCGGCACAACAACCGUAGCAAAAUACGAUGGUCCAGAGCUCAAGGCUGGCAUUCUGCAACUUUUAGAUGUGUUUUUACUUUAACACUCCAGAAUAAAAAAAUAAGUUAUUAGCAGGACUCUUUAGAGCGUGACUGCAUGCUGAGGAAGUAAUUUAUCCAUCUGAAUCAGGUGUGCUGGACUCUAACGAUAGCAGAACACUGCCCCCUGGAGGCCUGGAUGAUGAGGCCUCUGAUUUAGAUCAAAACAAAAUCAUGUUAGAAUAUCAGUCACAGUCUAGAUUUAAAUAAGAGUUUGUUCACAGGUGCUGCUACCAACAGUGUUUCUACUGGAACAUAAGACACUGCUUUCUGUUGGGAUGUCCAAGGGCUGGACGAUGUGGUUGAAAAACGUAUCACAAGGAUUUCAUAUCGGUCGAUAUCAAUAAUUAUUGAUUAGUUUAUUGUUUUAAAUACCUGAAAUACUGCCAAACUGGUGGUGUAGCCUUUCCUGUUUUAUCCACAGUUUUUGCUGUUUAUUUGCUUUAUCAAACAUUUAAAGCGACUGUUUCCCAGCUUUUAACUUCCCUUUGUUGAUCAAUCUUAGUGAACAAAAGUUGAUGUCAUCUCAACUUUUGUUCUUGACCCAAAACCAUCCUUGUUGUAUUUAUUUGAGUCACAUGACCCAAGUUAUCUUCCUUUAGAGGUUUUGCCCUCUUGCAUGCUGCCCUAAGCAGUGGCCCCACAAAAGAGGACGAUACCCACCCCUUAUUUGGUAUCUGCUUAUUCUUCCUUCUUGACCAAUUUUGUGUGUAAUCAUUUUCUUUGCAUGAAUUAUACAGAGGAAAGGUGAUAUUUUGUCACCUGCAACAUUUAUUUAUUUAAAUCAUGCUCCCUCUCCACACACACACAGAAUAAUGCUCACCAUUGAUCUUCAAAUAAUUCCAGGCCACAGUUAGGAGUUGUUGCUGUAUUUUAACAUGUAUGGAAGUAAAUAUGUGAAUUUAUUAGUUUAAUUAUUUAAUUUAUUAUCAGAAUUUGAAUAAAAAAUGCCUCU